CCUCAAAAUCUCCAUCAGACAUGCCCCUUUCACGAGUCCUUUCCCGUCUGCGUUACAUUACAUUACAUGUAAUUUUGAUUACUAAAUCAGAUUACAAUACUUUCGAUUCAUUUUGAAAUAGUUUUAACAUCAGGCAAAACGGAUAUAAUGGACACGGACCAUACAGAACCCGUCAUAGACACUAAAACGGCACUGCAUUCUUGGCGUUAUGGCCACCAUUUUACACACAAGGCAGAUCAAGGAAAAAAUGUAAUCGUCCAGUGUAACUUAUGUUUACCGAAUGUUAAUCUGUUAUCCACCUCAAAAACAUCAACGUCAAAUCUAAAGAAACAUUUAGACAGGAAACAUUUGGGUUGCCAUGAGGUCAAUGCACCAAAGAGGGGCCGAAAGAAGGAACACAACGGUGAGGCCACCAGUCAUUUCCAACUCAAGAAAGUUAAAGCAGAGAUUAUUUCCAAAACCCAGGCACAAUCGAGAUUAGAUGAGCUAAUAUUUAACUUCAUUGUGGAGGACUGCCAGUCUUUCCAUCUGCUUGAGCAGCCUGGCUUCAGGAAACUGCUGGAUGGUUUAACUGAGGGUCAGCUGACCAUGGACAAGCUGACCUUGUCCACCAAGGUCGACCUGGAAUUCUCCAGCAUGAGAGAGGUGUUGACGGCCAAACUCGACAGCGUCCUGCACAUGUGUACCACAGGCGACAUCUGGACCACGGGCAGCAGGAGCUACUUCGGCAUGACCUGUCACUGGAUCGACGCAGUCACCUUGGAGCGGAAAUCCGCCGCCCUGGGUUUCGCUCGGCUUGAGGGGCCCAACACAGUUGAGGCCAUCUCAGGCCGGAUCCGCGACAUCCACUGUGCGUAUAACAUCGAGAGCAAAGUUCAGACCACACUGGUGGACAACGGCAGCCCUUUCGUCGGCAUGUUCAAGGAGUUCCUGGCGGACGGCGAUGAAGAUGACGUGGGUUUCUUUGAAAACGUUGGCGCCAUCCUGGACAGUGAGCAGGAACGGGACGCGCCGGUGUUUGUGCCGGACGUGGGCCACUGCGCCUCGCACACCCUGGACCUGAUUGUGAUGGAGGACUUCUGGCUGGCGGUGUCCCAGGGCCCCGUGGGCCAACUGUACUACAGCACCAUGUCCAAGGUCUCUGCCUUCUGGAGCAAAUGCCACAAGCUGCAGGUGGCGUCCGCGAAAGCCGAAGACGUGGCUAAGAUGCCCCUGGUGGUGCCGAGCGCCAGCCGCUGGAACGCUGAGUACAGCAUGGUGCAGAGGCUGGUUUCUCUGGCCGAGAAGGAGCGGUCGGUUCUGAGCGAACGGCUUGGCGUUCCCGCGCUACAGGCCAAGGAGAUGGCCUUCCUGCAGGAGUACGUGGUGGUAUUCAAGCCGCUGGCCUUUGCCCUGGAGCUUUUCCAGGCCGAGCAGAAGUGCUACCUGGGCCUAGUCAUCCCCACCAUCCUUAGCCUGAAGAACAAGCUGACAGAGCAGCGGGCGACAGCGCGCUACUUCGCCGACGUCAUCGACACCGUCGUGGCCACAAUUGACGAGCGCUUUCGCAACGUUUUCGCCAGCACUGAGGCCAAAAUCGCCACAGCGACCACACCCCAGUUCCGGCUGUGGUGGAUGUCUCCCUCGGAGAGGGAGGAGAUGUGCGGCCUGCUGGAGACGGCCGAGCUGGACCCCGGCUUCCCCGUGGAGGAGGCGACGGACGAGUACGACACCAUCACAGAGUCUGAAGACGACUUUUUCAGCUACGGGCCCGCGACGCCCCGCAGUCGGCCUGAGAAGCUAGGCGCCAAGGAGGAGAUCCACAAGUACCUGGAGGGCACAGGGAAGAGCCUGGAGUGCCUAAAGGACUUCCCCAGAGUAAGGCAGCUCUUCAUCAAGUACAACACAACGCUGCCGUCUGCGGCGCCCGUGCAACGCCUCUUCAGCCACAAGGCGAACCUGGCUGCCCCGCAGAGAAUCACCAGUCUGACCGACGACUUCUUUGAGAGGAUCAACCUGCUGAGAUACAACAGCACCGUCUGCUUGUUGGACACCUAGUGGAGCUCAAAGCCUAAUCAGCAAAGAUUAACUAUAAAAAUAUAACGAGCGACAUUGAAACUAAAUGAAUAAUUUCUUAGUAUGUUAUUAAUUAAUGGGAUGGCCAAUAUUAGUUGGCCUGGACUCAGGAUAAGUAGCCCAUUAGGCAAACAUUCAAGUUACUCCCAACCCACAAUCUUUAUUUUUUAUUAUGUACAUGUGAUUUUAGUUUUAUAUUAAUUUGAGCUCCCUUGUUGACUGUUUUUUGUACUACACUAAAGAAUAGAAGAAACGCAAAA